GUCCAUCACUGGUCACAUGUGAAGGAUUCUUGCCAUUGGUUUUGCUCGAGAUUAGAAUGAACUUUGGCUCAGUUCCUCUUGAGAGAGAAACUGAACGAGUCUGUGGAUCAGUGUUUGUUAGAACAAACAUCCUGUCUUUAUUGAUUUGCUCAUGAAUUUAUCAGGUGAUGCCUGUUAUAGUGUAAGGGCUUCUUUAACGAGACUGUUUGCGCCUUGGACACAGAGCAGAUAAUGGCCCCAGCGGGGAGCAGUGAAUCAGUUUAUAAUUUGACACUCAUAUCUCUGGGGUGUAGUCUAAAUAAAAGGAAGUAGCCUUGAUCAUCGCGCAGUGACAGACGAGCAGCAUGAACGGCAGCGGAUCGGAUGAUGCUGGAUGCGACUCAACUGGAUCAGAAGCAGCUGUCGGCAGCAAUACCGACGCCCACGGCGGCCGCUCGACCACACAGGGCACCGUUGUGGCGCGGCUGUCGCGGUAUGGCCUGCAGGUCCUGCCCGGGUCUUUCCAGAACCGUAGGUCGCGGUUGCAGAGACAGCAAAAAGCUGCAGCUGUCGGCGGCGCGCCGGGAGGUCCGCUGCCGAGAGAGGCUCCGGAGAGGGGGUCGCUCACACCCGCCAUGCGUAAAAAGUACCUGAAAGAGUUGUUCAGUAGCGGGUUCAGCAGCGCACUGUCCUCCCAGACCGAGACAGACAGCGUGUCCACCGAGCCGGAGGACGCAGACUGGGCUCUGUGUCCUAUGGAGCACGCGUGGAUGCUGUCUGCGGUGGAGGGGAACUACGACACCAUCCUGGAGUUCAUCUCCGAGGAGCCGAACCUGCUGACCAGGCGGGACUUCGUGAGCGGGUACUCGGUGCUGCACUGGCUGGCCAAGAGGGGCCAGGACGAGACUCUGCUCAAACUUCUGCGCUACGCGGAAACUGCGGGGGUCCGCGUGGACGUGAACGUGCGGGGCAGCGGCGGGCUCACCCCGCUGCACGUCGCCAGCAUGCACUCUCACUACAUGGUCGUCAAACUGCUGGUGGGGGCUUUCAGUGCCAACGUGGAUGCCAUGGAUUAUAACGGGAGGAGAGCCUGGCAGUAUCUGAGGGGAGACGCCCCGCUGGAGAUGAAGGAGCUGCUGGGGACCUGGGACGAGGAGCACAGCUUCGGGGCUGUCAACGGGAAUAUCAACAACAGUGCGAGCUCCGUGCCCUUGACCCCGGGUGGCGAUGAGGUGGACGACGGACAGAGUGAAGGAGACUCCUUUGACCGGACUAAGAGAAGCGGCAGCUGGAGAUUUGGCUCCUUUAAGAAAAUGCUGCCCUCGUUUUCUUUUUUAGGAAACAAAAGCUGAAGUUAAGACAACCCUCCAAAUAUCUGCGUCAUUUCACAUUUUAUACACUUGUGGUUUUUAACCUGGAUCAAAGACAUUGCAGUUGACCGAAAUUCCCUCUCCACUUAUAAGUUGUUUCAUUACACUAAUCAACUAAGAUGGAGUUUAUUAAAAAAGGGAUAUUUUCUUGUCAAAUACCUUCUAACUGAAAGAUAAAAUCAAGCCUAUAAUUUAUAAAGGAGUCACCCAGUAUACAUGUAUUUUAAAUAUGGGACUAACUGGUUUACUCCCAGUAUGAAUACUGCUUUUCAUUGAUAUCAUAAUUGUUCAUUAGUUACUGAACCUGAUUAUAAUAAAAGUGUAUAAUCAAAGUGUAUAAUCUUUCUAAACUUCUUAUUGCAGCUGAUCUUGUUCCGUCUCAACAUUUCUAGGAGCUGACGUGGCCACGUUUUCCUCAAGUUUGAGUACUUUAAGUAAACACUUCAUAGUUUGUCUUGUUACUACUUUAAGCCUCUUGAACAGCGGUACUUUCUGCAGAGCUGUGUCAGCAGUUCCCCUGCCCCUGUGGUUUGCCUCAGAAAACACUCGCCCUCCUCAGUAAGGAACAGUUGAGCUGCACUUUGAGGGGGAAAAAGGCAAAAACAGCGACAUUUCAAGUUUGAUCACAGAUCUUUUAUUAUCAAACAUGACGAGAUAACAUGGCUCCCUCCCUGCGGUCAGGCACAGCAGCUGGAGAUCCUGGCAGACGUUGGGGUGGAGGGGGGGCGCUGGGAUCCAGGGACCCUUGUGUUUACAGGCCAAGCUUGGUCCUCCUCCAGUGUCUCCUCUUGGAAUUGUACCUGAAAUUCAAAAAUUUAAACAAAGUGUCAGGAGAGCAUUCAAAGGAAAAACAACCAAAAUAACAAAGGGCUUCAAAUUCAUACACCAAUAGUGCAGGUAUUUAAUACUAGCCAUUUGUUCAUCUUUGAAUCUUAGCAAAUCAAUAACUGGCAAUGCUUUCUUAAUGGAGACAAAGACAAACACUGAAUUUGAUUUUUUUUUAAAUUGGGUAUUUUAUAUUCAUCAAAAGUGGUAUCAGUUAAUUCUGAGAUUAGUUACAAAAUAAAAAUUUCUACAAACCCCAAAUGAAUCAUUCCCCUACAUGUAAAGACUGAAGUAACAACUACACAAACAGCACCAACACACAUUUUGAAUCAGGCAAAUCAAAAGGCAGGUUCAAGGGUUCAGUUGUAACAUGCAGAUGCUGCUCUAGUUUCAGAUGAUAGGACUACGAGACACACAAUAUAAUAAAUAUUCAAUCACUGAA